AUGGUCCCCGGGGCCCCCGGCACCAUCACCACCACCACCAUGCUCCCCGCGUCCGAGGCUGCCAAGAUCUACCAGACCAACUACGUGCGCAACUCCCGCGCCAUCGGCGUCCUGUGGGCCAUCUUCACCAUCCUCUUCGCCAUCGUCAACGUGGUGUGCUUCAUCCAGCCCUACUGGAUCGGGGACGGCGUGGACACCCCGCAGGCGGGCUACUUCGGGCUGUUCCACUACUGCAUCGGCAACGGGCUGUCCCGAGAGCUGACGUGCCAGGGCAGCUUCACCGAGUUCAGCUCCAUCCCCUCCGGAGCCUUUAAGGCCGCCUCCUUCUUCAUCGCCAUGUCCAUGGUGCUGGUGCUCACCUGCAUCGCCUGCUUCUUGCUCUUCUUCUUCUGCAGCACCGGCAGCGUGUACAAGAUCUGCGGCUGGAUGCAGCUGUCUGCAGGUACUAGUCUGAUCCUGGGCUGCAUGAUCUACCCGGACGGCUGGGACAGCGACGAGGUCAAGAGGAUGUGCGGCGAGCAGACGGACAAGUACACGCUGGGUGCCUGCUCGGUGCGCUGGGCCUACAUCCUCGCCAUCAUGGGCAUCAUGGACGCCCUCAUCCUCUCCUUCCUGGCCUUCGUUCUGGGAAACCGCCAGGACAGUCUGAUGUCUGAGGAGCUGCUGGGAGAAAAGAGCGGAAACAACGCCAUCUAG